AUGGACCCUAUCGUGCAGCCUGAGUUCGACGAGUCCCAGGCCAAUGGCGGAAAUCCGCUUGAGGUCGAUGUCAAUGCUCAAUUCGCUGGAUUGGAAUUCCAUGCAGUCUACCUUGCAAUAUGUGCCUAUCUUGUCUGGAUGAUCAUUCCAGGUCUGGCUCUGCUGUACGGUGGUUUGGCACGUCGCAAGUCCGCACUUACCAUGCUGUAUCAAGGGUUUGCAGUCAUUGGUGUCGUCACUUUCCAAUGGAUGUUCUGGGGUUAUUCGCUGGCCUAUUCCCGAACUGCUGGCCCCUUCAUCGGAGAUCUUGCAAAUUUCGGUCUCAAGAAUGUCACGGCGGCGCCUUCUCCUGGUAGCGCUUAUCUUCCUGAAAUCGUCUUCUGUCUCUACCAAUUGCUCUUCUGCAUCUGCACGGUCAUGAUCGUGGUUGGUGGCGCUUUUGAGCGUGGUCGUGUCAUUCCAUCCCUCUUCUUCGGUUUCUGGUGGGCAACGAUUGUUUACUGCCCAAUCGCCUGCUGGACCUGGAAUGGCAAUGGUUGGUUGUACAACCUACCCUCACUCGACUAUGCCGGUGGUGGCCCCGUUCAUAUCGCAAGUGGUUGCUCGGCGUUGGCAUAUGCUGUGGUUCUAGGCAAGAGAAAGCUACACGGUCAUAAGUCGAUGAUGAAACCUCAUAAUGUUUCCAUGGUUUACAUUGGCACACUUCUCAUCUGGUUUGGAUGGUUUGGCUUCAACGGAGGCUCAACCUUGAACGCCACUGUUCGCUCGUACAUGGCUGCUUGGAACACAAAUGUUGCCGCUGGAAUGGGUGUUCUCGGCUGGUCCAUGAUUGACAUGAUUCGGUAUAAGGGCAAGCUCUCCACGGUUGGAGCUUGUGAAGGUGCCAUCGCAGGUCUCGUCGGCAUCACUCCUGCCGCUGGCUAUGUAUCUGUCUGGCUCGCUGCCGUCAUUGGGCUCGUAACUGGAAUGGUAUGCUCAUCGCUCAAGAAUGUCAACGAAUGGAUCCGCGUCGACGAAGGCAUGGAUGUCUUCAAGCUUCAUGGAAUUGGUGGCAUGGUCGGCUCCUUCCUGACCGGCAUUUUCGCUUCCCAAUCGGUUUCCUCGCUUGAUGGCGGCACACUUGCCCCUGGCGCUAUUGAUGGUGACGGUGCACAAGUGGCUCGACAACUCGCAGAUAUCGCCUCCAUUUCCGCUUACGCGUUCACAGUGUCGUUCUGUUUGCUAUACAUCAUGAAACUCAUCGGUAAAUUCAUUCCGUUCAUGGCCCUCCGCGUCAGCGAAGAAGCUGAAAUCCGUGGCCUGGAUGAGGAUCAAUUCAUGGAGGAGGAAGUCGGUGACUGGUCACUCUUCGAACAUGGAGCAUCCGUGACACAAGGAACCACCCACGAGUCCCAUCUGAUUUCUAGUCCACCAAGCCCCCCGAAUGGGGUUGAGGACAAGAAGACUACCUCGUCUUAA